AGUUCUGUCGGGCUGCUGCAACGACGAGGGCGGCGGCCCGGCGGCGGGAGAUUCAAACCUGGAAGGAGGAGGAACAUGGAGCCGCGGAGAGCGGGCGCGGGCUCGGCGCUGUAUGAACGCCUCACAGCUGAGGAAAUGGAUGAGCAGAGGCGGCAGAAUGUGGCCUAUCAGUACCUGUGCCGGUUGGAGGAGGCCAAGCGCUGGAUGGAAGCCUGCCUGAAGGAGGAGCUUCCUUCCCCGGUGGAGCUGGAGGAGAGCCUCCGGAACGGAGUAUUGCUGGCCAAGCUGGGCCACUGUUUUGCACCUGCUGUGGUUCCCUUGAAGAAGAUCUAUGAUGCGGAGCAGUUGCGGUAUCAGGCAACCGGCUUGCACUUCCGGCACACCGACAAUAUCAACUUUUGGCUGUCGGCAAUAGCCCAUGUUGGCCUGCCUUCGACCUUCUUCCCGGAGACCACAGACAUCUAUGACAAGAAGAACAUGCCCCGGGUGGUCUACUGCAUCCAUGCACUUAGUCUCUUCCUUUUCCGCCUGGGACUGGCGCCUCAGAUACAUGAUCUGUAUGGGAAAGUGAAAUUCUCAGCCGAGGAGCUCAGCAACAUGGCCUCUGAACUGGCCAAAUAUGGCCUCCAGCUGCCUGCCUUCAGCAAGAUUGGGGGAAUUCUGGCCAAUGAGCUGUCGGUGGAUGAGGCUGCAGUCCACGCAGCUGUCCUUGCCAUCAACGAGGCUGUGGAGCGAGGGGUGGUUAAGGAUACCCUGGCUGCCUUGCAGAAUCCCAGUGCUCUGCUGGUGAAUCUUCAAGAGCCUCUGGCACCCAUCUACCAGGAGCUGCUGGCCCAGGCCAAGGCGGAGAAGGCUGCCAGUGCCCAGACCCACGAUGGCGGGGAGAGCUGGGACCUGUAUGACUGCUUCCUGACUCAGGCUGAGAUCCAGGGCAACAUCAACCACGUCAACGUCCAUGCGGCUCUAGAAGUUGUUGAUGAUGCGCUAGAAAGACAGAGCCCUGACGCCUUGCUGGAGGCCCUUCUGGACCCUGCCCUGGCCCUGCGAGGGGUCAGGAAAGACUUCACCAACUGGUACUUGGAACAGCUGAGCUCAGACAGAGAACAGAAAGCGCAGGAGUUGGGCCUGCUGGAUCUUCUGGAAAAGGAGGAGGUCCAAGCUGGUGUAGUUACAGCCAACAUGAAGGGUGAUGAGGAACAAGCCAUGUUCCAGGCCGUGUGCAGGAUCAAUAGAGCCAUCCAGAAGGGAGUGGCAGCCGAUACUGUGAAGGAGCUGAUGUGCCCAGAAGCCCAGCUGCCUCCAGUGUAUCCCUCUGCCUCGGCUGUGUACCAACAGGAGCUGACGGCGCUCCAGCAGCAGCGGGGAGGGGAGCUGGGCCAUGAGGAGCUCUUUGUGGCUAUGGAAAUGCUGUCAGCUGUGGUCCUGAUCAACAGGGCCCUGGAGGCUGGCGAUGGCGACAGCUGCUGGAGUAGCCUGGUGAACCCCACCACGGGCCUGGCCGAGGUGGAAAGAGAGAACGCUCACCGUUACUUUGAUGCUCUGGUGGAGCUGCGACAUGAGCGCAUGCCAGACGGGGUCACCCUGAGCUGGAAUGACCUGCAGGCCACCGUGUACCAAGUCAAUGCCCAGGUCCAGGAAGAGACCAACCAGAUCCUUGCGGUCAGCCUCAUCAAUGAGGCUCUGGACCAGGGCAGCCCCAAGAAGACUCUGUCUGCCCUUCUGCUUCCCUCGGCUGGCCUGGACAAUGUCAGCCUUGCUGUCGCCCCUCGGUAUCAUCUCCUCCUUGUGGCAGCCAAGAGGCAGAAGGCCCAGGCGACAGGGGACCCUGGGGCAGUGCUCUGGCUGGAAGAGAUCCGCCAGGAGGUGCUUAGAGCCAACCAGGACACAGACGCUGCGCAGAGAAUGGCUCUCGGUGUAGCCGCCAUCAAUCAGGCCAUCAAGGAGGGCAAGGCAGCCCAGACAGAGCAGGUGCUAAGGAACCCCACUGUGGCCCUCCGAGGGGUGGUUCCCAACUGUGCUGACAGCUAUCAGCGGGCCCUGGAAGGUGCCAUGGCAAGGAAGCGGUACCCAGGAGACACAGCUUUCUGGGUCCAGCACAACAUGAAGGAUGGCUCUACCUACUACUUCCACCUGCAGACCUUCCAGGGCACCUGGGAGCGGCCCUCUGGCUGUCGCCUUAAUAUGUCCCACCUGACUCGGGAGGAGAUCCAGUCAGCCAUCACCAAGGUUACCGCUGCCCAUGACCGCCAACAGCUCUGGAAGGCCAACGUCGGCUUUAUUAUCCAGUUCCAGGCCCGUCUGCGUGGCUUCCUUGUCCGGGAGAAGUUUGCUGAGCAGUCCCACUUUCUGAGGACCUGGCUGCCAGCGGUCAUCAAGAUCCAGGCUCACUGGCGGGGUUACAGGCAGCGGAAGACAUACCUGGAACGUCUGCAGUAUUUCAGAGCAAACUUGGAUGCUGUCAUCAAGAUCCAGGCCUGGGUCCGGAUGUGGGCAGCUUGCAGGCGAUACCGGAGACGUCUGGGAUACUUCCAGAAGAAUGUUAACGCCAUUGUGAAGAUCCAGGCAUAUUUCCGAGCCUGGAAGGCCCGGGAUGACUACAGGGUGUUAGUCCAUUCACCCCAUCCCACUGUCAGCGUGGUGUGCAGAUUUGCCCACCUCUUGAAUCAAAGCCAGGAGGACUUCAUGGUGGAGGCAGAGCUGCUGAAGCUCCAGGAGGAGGUGGUCAGGAAGAUCCGGUCCAACCAGCAGCUGCAGCAGGACCUUGACCUCAUGGACAUCAAGAUUGGCCUGCUGGUAAAGAACCGGAUCACCCUGCAGGAGGUGGUCUCGCACUGCAAGAAGCUGACCAAGAAGAAUAAGGAGCAGCUGUCGGGCAUGAUGGUUCUGGACAAGCAGAAGGGAUUGAAGUCGCUGAGCAAAGAGAAAAGGCAGAAACUAGAAGCUUACCAACAUCUCUUCUACCUGCUGCAGACCCAGCCUAUCUACCUGGCCAAGCUGACCUUCCACAUGCCACAGAACAAAACCACCAAGUUCAUGGAGUCUGUGAUUUUCAGCCUGUACAACUAUGCCUCCAAUCGCCGUGAGGCCUACCUGCUGCUGCAGCUGUUCAAGACCAUGCUCCAGGAGGAGAUCAGGUCAAAGGUAGAGCAGCCCCAGGACAUGGUGACGGGUAACCCCACAGUCGUGAGGCUGGUGGUGAGGUUUUACCGGAAUGGGCGGGGCCAGAGUGCCCUGCGGGAGAUCCUGGGCAGAGUCAUCCAAGAGGUGCUGGAGGACAAGAGGCUGAGCGUCCACACAGACCCCAUUCACCUCUACAAGAGCUGGAUCAACCAGAGUGAGGCUCAGACAGGACAGCGCAGCCACCUCCCCUAUGAUGUCACCCCAGAGCAGGCCUUGAGCCACCCCGAGGUCCAGAGACGACUGGACAUCUCCCUCCACAGCCUCCUGGCCGUGACCGACAAGUUCCUUGUCGCCAUCAUGUCCUCUGUAGACCGGAUUCCGUACGGGAUGCGGUAUGUGGCCAAGGUCCUGAGGACAACUCUGGCAGAAAAGUUCCCUGACAACUCGGAGAACGAAGUCUACAAGGUGGUAGGGAACCUCCUGUACUACCGCUUCCUGAACCCAGCCAUAGUGGCCCCCGACGCCUUCGACAUUGUGGCCAUGGCAGCGGGUGGUGCUCUGGCCACCCCACAGCGCCACACGCUUGGGGCUGUGGCUCAAGUCCUCCAGCAUGCUGCGGCUGGCAAAGUCUUCUCUGGGGAGAGUCGGCAUCUGCGGGCCUUAAACGACUACCUGGAGGAGACACACCUCAAGUUCAGGAGGUUCGUGUGCCGAGCCUGCCAAGUCCCAGAGCCAGAAGAGCGCUUUGCAAUGGACGAGUACUCCGACAUGGUGGCUGUGGCCAAACCUGUGGUAUACAUCACCUUCGGGGAACUGGUCAACACGCACAGGCUAUUGCUAGAGCACCAGGACUGGAUUGCCCCCGAUCACUGUGAUCCCCUGCAUGAGCUCCUGGAGGACCUUGGGGAGCUGCCCACCGUCCCUGACCUCAUUGGGGAGGGCGUAGCUGCAGAUGGGAAUCUAGACCUGAGCAAGCUGGAGGUAUCCCUGACACUCGCCAACAAGUUCGAAGGGCUGGAGACAGACACCGGCGAUGCCAAUGCCCAGAGCCUGCUUCUGAGCACCAAGCAGAUGCUAGCUGACAUCAUGCAGUUCCAGCCUAGGGACUCGCUGGAGGAGAUGCUCUCCCUCCCGCUAUCUAGAGAGCAGGAAGCGGCCCACCAGCGGCUGAUGUGCCAGCGUCAAGCCUGUGAGACCCAGAUCCCAGAGCCCCUGCGGCGGCACCGCUCGCUAAUCGCGCACAGCCUCCUGCCGCUGGCGGACAAGCGACGGCGUGUCCUGCGGAACCUGCGGCAGCUGGAGGGCCUGGGGCUGGUCAGUGCCCGCAACGGCUACCAAGGGCUGGUGGAUGGACUGGCCAAGGACAUCUGCAGCCAGCACAGGCACCGCCAGUGGCGGAAGGCAGAGCUGGGAAAGCUACAGGCCACGCUCCAGGGCCUGGAUGCCAAGAUGGCCUUCUAUGAGGAGCAGGGUGACUACUACAGUCAGUACAUCCGCACCUGCCUGGGCCACCUGGCCCCCCGCGCCAAGACUUCUGGGAAAGGGAAGAAGCAGCCAUCACUCCAUUAUACUGCUGCCCAGCUCCAGGAGAAGGGGGUCCUGGUGGAAAUUGAGGACCUUCCCCACUCUCACUUCAGAAACGUGAUCUUUGACAUCACCCCUGGAGAUGAGGCAGGAAAGUUUGAAGUCAAUGCCAGGUUCCUGGGUGUGGACAUGGAGCGGUUUCAGCUUCACUACCAGGACCUCCUGCAGCUCCAGUAUGAAGGCGUAGCUGUUAUGAAGCUCUUCAACAAAGCCAAGGUCAAUGUCAACCUCCUAAUCUUCCUCCUCAACAAGAAACUCCUGCGGCAGUGACAGACUAGACACAGAGAGAAAGGCAGGGACACAGGCAGAGGGAGAAGCAGGCACCAUACAGAGAGCCCGACGUGGGACUCGAUCCCAGGACUCCAGGAUCAGGCCCUGGGCUGAAGGCAGCGCUAAACUGCUGAGCCACCCGGGGUGCCCACAUUUGUGUCUUUUCUGAGAAACGUUUCUACUCCCUUCGUGCACGCUCUCAGACCUCUCUCUCUGAGGCCUACUGCUCAACCUAUUGAUGGUCCCUGACGAAUGUCAAUUCUUAGUGUCUUCCUAACUGUGGAGGGCCAAUCUGAGACACCGGCAUUUAUCUCCUAUGGGGCGAGGACGGGGGGUGCGGGGUGCAAUCUCGUUGGAGGACAAUUUGACAACAAAAACAAGUGCAGGUUGCCAAGACCAUUCAAUGGGGAAAGAGCAGUCUUUCUACCAAAUGUGUGUUGGAACAACUGAAUAUCCAUAUAGGAAAGAAUGAAGCCAGACCCCCUACCUUACACCAUAUUCAAACAUUGAAACAGAUCAUAGGCCAAAAUGUAAGAACCAAAACUAUAAAACUCUUAGAGAAAACCUAAAUUUUCAUGACUUUGAUCCAGGAAUGGUUUCUGAGGACACCAGAGUUAAAAGCGGCCAAAACUAGAUAAAGUGGACUCUGUCAAAGUUAAAAACUCAUGUUUCAAAGGACACCUUCAAGAAAUGAAAAAAAAAAAAAAAAAACCC